UCAUCACCCAAUCCUUCCCCCCUCCCUCCCCCGUUCCCGUCCUGCUCCCCCCGCCACGCGCAGCUGGAUGGGCCGAGGGUCUCCGCCUUCGAAGAGGGUUCAUCCACCUGCCCCUCUCUCCAACCGAGCCACAAGUAGCAGUACAAGCCAAUCCCACUCACCGUCGCAGUUGGCCGACCGGUCCAGCACCACAAUAACAUCGUCUCAUCACGGCACCAUGCCGUCGGGGUCAUUAUCCGCUCCAACCGCAACUGGUUCAAGCAGACGUGAGCGGACUGCCAGCGCAUCCUCGGCAACGUCUUCGCAACAAGAUGCACGUGCACUGUCCACUCCGGUCACCCCUCGGCACCCAUCCGCUGCCACGUCGCAGUCUCACGCAAAGCCGCGUCGCGAGUCCCGCGAGUCAUGGGGCAACCCUCCCCGUGUAGCGAGCGCAAGCCGCAGCGCGAGUGCAGGUGGCUCGAUGGCUGCAACACCUGAUCCAGCUAGCGAACGGGCGCGCAGCACCGAACUUGACGAAGGCGCAAGGAAGAGGUGGGAAGCCCGUCGUCAGGCAUAUUCACAACUUGCCUUGGUCAUUUGCCAGCAGCCCCAGCGGGCCCGGUUGUGCUCGUUCAAAGAAGAAAAUGAGACGAUCGAUCGACGACCCGUGGAUCCGCCCCCUGUCCUCGAGCUCAUCUCACGCGAUGGUCAAUAUCCCGAUCUUCUGGACUCGACGCAGUUCUUCAUACGAGCAUCGCUUGUGUCAAAAGAUCCGGUCUCGUAUGAUGAAGGCAAGCCGUGCUACCAACCGCAAGUGACGCAGAGCGGCGCUGAGGCGACCGCUGGCGAUGUCAUACAGACCCCAGAGCGCCUCCGUCACAUGGAUGGCACACCCGGGGCAUUGUGCAUCUUCGCAAAGCUAUCGGUGCGACUACCCGGACCAUUUCGGCUCAAGUUCACGCUCUAUGAGACAUCGCCUGAUGGAUCAAGCGAGAUCUGCGACACUGUAUCAGACAUUUUCGAGGUCUACUCUCCAAAGCAAUUCAAGGGCAUGCACGAGAGCACGCCGCUGACGCGUCAUCUUGCCACUCAAGGCCUCAAGGUCAAAAUUCGGCAGGGCAACGAUUCGCAGGGCAAGGCUGGCAACAAACGCCGCGCGUCAAGCAACAGUCAAUUCUCACGCCAGCAGCAGCGUUCGCCGGCUUCUGACGCGUUGUCUCCUGUCCCACCCUCAUCGGCCAUUCAACCUCAGCCGCCUCAUCUGCGAUACUCGCAGGGCCCCGCUGGCCCACCAGGUGGACCAAUAACUGCACCCUCAUAUCAUUCUCAGCGUGGACUAGUAUGGCCUGGACACUUUCCUUACCCUGGGUAUCACGAUGAAAUGGGCGGGCACUCGGCAACGCGGCGCUCGCCCGGCGCCGUGGACGCGGACCGGCCUCGCAAGGUGCGACGCAGUAUGGGACACGAAGACGUGUACAGUGCCCACGACAUUCCGUCGCGCUUGGACAUGACUUUGCCCUCGCCCUCAAGCGAUCUCUCUGCGUUCUCGCUAGGCAGCGGCCGGCCAGCCAGUGCCUCAUCCGCGCCGCCAUCCUCGCGUCACGAUUGGGUCCGGAGGGAGUAUCCGCCAGGAGAUGAUGGGCUGCCUCAUCUCGUCCUAUCACCGCCACCGCCCCAGUACCCCUCUAGCUCGCGCGCGGCUCCGCCUCCGUCCCAUCACGCUGCCCGCGAGUUUGCAUAUCCACGACUGCCUCGCAUGGACUCUGCGUCGGGUCACCCGCGAUACCCGCCUGCUCAUCACCGCCAUCAUGCCAUUCCUCACCCUCACGAACUGCAACAUCACGCCUCGUCCCACUAUUCGCACCCACACUCACAUUCCCUUCAGCACUCGCAUCCGCAUCCGCAUCCGCAUCCGCAUCCCCAACGCCACCCAGAUCAUUCUCAGCACCGUCCCCCGUCGUCUCCCUCGUCGUACUCGCAUCACCCGCGAGCAAUGGAAUACCAUCACGGAUACCGCGCGGGCCCACCGCCGCCGGCGUCGCACUCACAGUACACCCCCGGGAGCCCCCCUCCCGUUUUGCCGCCCAUCCGCCACUCGCGUUCUCGGUCCCCUUCUCUGCCACGCCACUACGACCGGGAUCCUCGCGCCUAGCAGGUGCUGCAGUGGCGCUCGCGCGCUACUGCAACUACCUGGUGAGAUUUGGGCGCCGGCCGUACCGCCUCGGGUCGAGGUCUGCAUCUAUUCGACGAGGCGCGAGCCGUGGGUAGCUCGGUACAACACGUACCCGCGGGUGUGCACGCGGCCGGCAAUCAUCCCAAAUCACCGGCGUGUCCGCAUCUUGCGGCAGUUCCCUUCCAUCACGUAAAGCGCGCCCGACACUAGUACUGUACAUCUCCUUGUUUUUCCGCGGUCCUCUCCCUCUCCGUCCGCUCUUCGCUGGGACGCUCGCGGGGUGCUGGUGCUAGUCCUGCAAUGAAGGCAUACUUCUGCGCGCCCCCUUCCCGCCGCUCUCCCUCGCACCGAGUGUGUCUCCGUAUUUCCGUCAGCUACUUUGGUGAUGUACUCGUUAGUCA